GCACUCUAAACCCACUUUGUAGUUUACAACCAUUCAAUCGCCUAUCUUGGUCCUCCUUGUAGGAAAUUAUGCACUCCUUUUAUGAGUUUCAGGUCAAAGUUCAAGUCAAAAUAUUAGUUGGUGGUCAGCAAUGGAUCUUGUUAAUACGUCUUACAAGUGUUUGAAAAUUAUAAAAUAUCCACAGUGUUAACCGAUUGAUGUGAAAAAAAAAGUUAUGGAUAUUAAAAUAUUAAAACAUAUAUUCCUGGUUUGGAGUGCUCUUUUGCUGUUUAUUGGAAGGUGCACAUCGGAGGAGGUACCUGAUGCAGAGGUCAGAGUUAACCGGCUCAGUGAACAAGUGGUGGCUGUACUGGAGCAUUUCAAACAGAAGGAUCCUGUAGGAAUGCCAGGAGUCCCUAUUCCGGAUCCAAUGCCCAUUCCAGAGAUCAAGACUGGACUUGCCUUAGGGACGAUGAUUAUGAAGAACCAGAUGGUCUAUGGACUGUCGAAGUUCAAGAUAGAAUCUGUCUAUUCUAACUUGGCUGAUUUAGAGAUGUAUAUAGCACUACGGGUAGGAGUUAUUCAAGUUCUGGGCAACUACACUUUCAGGACCUGGUUCACUUCAACUGAAGGAGCCUCCAAUACUACUCUAGAGGAACUUUAUGCAGAAGGAGUGGCUAAGCUUGAGGUAGCGAGGGAAGGACACCUAGAAGCUACAGACAUAGACUUAGAUCUCUCUGUGAAGGUCAUAAAUGUUGAUCUCGAAAAUCCAGGAAUGCUUGGUUCUUUUGUGCAAGGAGCCAUGAAUACUGUCGGUACUCUAGUCUUUGAUGCGAUGAAACCUUACAUAAUGAAACAAGUGAACACAAACAUUCUGGGAGAUGUUAACAAAAAUUUACGAAACUUGAAGAAAACCUUUCCCAACUCUUUGUCGCCGCUUGAUGUCGGUUUUGCUGAAGGAAGAAAACUAGUGCGUCAGAUGGGUUAUGAUCCGUUUAAGGUUGAUGAUUUUGUUCACACAACUGGUGUUCUGGGGUUGGACGUGACCCACAUAUGGAUUACGGGGUUGGCUAGUUUUCACAGAAUCGGGAACAUAACUGUUUCCAUGGAGAAUAACACGGUUCACGUCGCAGUCGCUGCUGGGACACAGCAACUAGAAGGAAAGUGCCACUGGGAGGUUACAAUGGCUGGACUUUUGAGCACCACAGGGAAACUUCAGUUCACCAUAGAGUACAUCGAAGUGGAUGUGAAACUCAAUCAAACAUUGGACGUGCGUAACAGACCGAAACUAGAAGAACUACAGAUCACCCUUGGAAACUUUCAGUUACAAUUCGACGGAGCUGGGACGUUAGACUAUGUUAUAGAAGCUGUCGUGAACAUUCUCCCCAACUUGUUGCGCUACCAGAUAAUGCUUGCAAUUGAGGAACCGCUGAAGAUCAAAGUUCAAGAAAUUUUGGACGAAAUAGAUGUUGAGAAGUCAAUUAAGGAUCAGCUGAAAGAGUUGGAAAACAUGAAUGGGAAUGGGAUUGGCCAAAAGAACUCUACUGAAAAUGUGUUUGAACAACUGGAUGAAGAUUCACACCGCCAUGGAAUAGAGGAUUGAGAAGCAAUAUUGUAAGUUUUACAAUAACUGACAAACUUAUGACUUUUCAAUUAUAUUUGUGCUAUUUGUAAUUUAUAUUUGUAUAUAAGUCUUUUACAUGUGAUUUCUUCUAACUCUGUGCAUUAACAUCAUUUAAAGUUAAGUAAAUAAAAAUAAACUUUAUGACUUCAGCCUGUGAUUUUUUAACACAUCAAGUUUAUAUCAAGAAGAAAAUCAAAAUGAAUAACAAAUGAAAUUUAUUUUAAAACGUUUUUAUUGUUAUUAAUUUAGAUUUUGUUUAUUAGAAAAUAUUUAAUACUAGCCGCUAUACGCGUGCCUUGCAACGGGGUCAAGAUGCAGAAGAGACAAUUUUGGUUCCUUGAAAAUAAUGGCAAGCAGCUUAAGAACGCUAAAGAGAACAAUUAUUAUGUUCCCUAGCUAGAUCUGCUGUAUGUAGAUUGACUUUUCAAUUUACUAUUAGUAUUAACUGGCUACAUAAACAUAACUGUAAAAAAUUUCAUCCAUUCCAUGUAUUACAGCUUUUUGAUUCUGCUUGGUACAAAUUAGCUGUUGUCAUACAUUUAAACAAUUAAUAGUGCACCCUGUUCAAAUUGAUUUGGAUUUUUUUUGUUAGUUCAAAAAAUGUUCACUCUAAUAAAACUGCUUCCACUAACAGUACCAAUAUUAACAAUGAAACAUUUUAAAAUUAGACAUUUUAUUUAAUGGGAUAUGAUUCAACAACAUAAUAUGUUUAUAGGCUAUGGAAAAUGUGUUGUUAUUUUUACUUUACAAAACAUAAACAUUGUUUAUCGAUUAAAAAUUAAUUUUGGUAAAUUUAUUAACUGAAUUAAAUAGUGAUGAUUGAAA